CCUAGAUAAAUGUGCAAAUAUGCUGACAUGGCAUGUAGGUGACUUGGUACAUCAAGUUACCAACAAGUAAAGAUUCUUUUUUUUUUUUGCAUUAAUUUCGAAAUUGAUUUUUUUUUUGGUCAUUAGGAAUGGUGAUUCCAACCAAUAAAAGGUAAGCUCUCUUUUCAAGUUUUGAAUUAAUUUAAAAUUUUAAAAUUAGGGUUUCAUAAUAAAUGCACACUCAUUUCUUAAACUCUCUAUUCUUCUUCUUCUUCUUCUUCAUUCAAAGUAAAAAAAUAAACAUAAAAAAAUCAUAAUUGCACCAUCAUUUUCGUGAGCAUGUGAAGAAGAGAAAGAAGAAAAACAAAACGUGUGAGGAAAAAAUAGAGGUGGAGAGAGAGAAAACGCAUGGGAGUAGAGGGGAAGGGGAUGAAGAAUAAAAGAAGUAGAUCUAAGGAUUUAGAAGGAAGGGUUGGAAAGAAGAGACAAAUUUUUUAUGAUAACUCAUUGUCUCCUAAUCGAAUCAGGUCAAAAUUGCUUUUAGAUCGCGCUCGUCGGUAUAGAUCUCCUAUGAAACGUUUGGAGUCGUCAUCUUCUAUGUUCGAAAGUAGAACUCGACGUUGUCUUCAUAGUGAGUCUUAUUGUUCUUUUUGUAAGGAAUACGAAAACCAUGUAUGUGUAGAUGAGGUAGACCGUGAUGUUCCUAUCCCACCAUGGAGUUUUGUCAUACCUGAUGAAGAUGGUGAUGCAAUGACCAUUAAUAUACCAUCAGAUGUAAACAAAGGGAAUCUUCAAAUUCCAGACCAUGUAAAAUGGAACGAAGAGGAUUUUAAUUUCUGUGUAAAAUUGGAUGUUCAUGUUUUUGUUUAUGAUCUUCCUCCACAACACGAUUCUGGCAUUGAUGGUGACGUUGAUAGUGAGGAGUAUAAGGAUAAUAUGACUAUUAAUUUUGUGGCGGCAAGCGAGCAAUCCAUUGAAAGAUUGGAGAAAGUUUUGAUUAAAGAUGAUCAAAUUGUAUGUUCUAUUUGCUUUGAGAAUGUUCAUGUUGGUUUGGAAGCUACAAAGUUACCUUGCACACACACAUAUCAUGAAAAAUGUAUUGUUCAGUGGCUACAAACUAGUAAAUUUUGUCAAAUGUGUCGAUUUGAGAUAGUUUAA